GGCUGCGUCAGUUAACUCACUUCAGGGUAGCUUGGCAAAUCGGAUGCUUAUUACUAGGUCCUACGGACGUGAAUUAUGCAGACAGAACGCAGAAAGGUGCCAGAUACCGUCUGCACUGUUCUCAUAAAAGCUGGAAGGUGGCUAACCCCACCGGCAUGGCCGUCCGCAGGAUGAGUCUGGACGUUGCCCCCAAGUCCAUCAAGGUGGGCUCCCAAGUGGAGGUCAUCGGUAAAGGUCACCGCGGUACUGUGGCCUACAUCGGCGCCACGCUCUUCUCCACCGGCAAGUGGGUGGGCGUCAUCCUGGACGAGCCCCACGGCAAGAAUGACGGCAACGUACAGGGCAAGCGCUACUUCACCUGCGAGGAGAACCACGGGAUCUUUGUGCGGCAGUCCCAGAUCCAGCUCACUGAAGAUGGAGCAGAGUCCACUUCAUCCGACACCCCGGAACUGGCCUCCAGGUUCUCCCAACAAGAGAAUCUGGAGUCCCCAAAAUCAAACAAGACGAUGCCAGCUCUCAAGAAGAGCACACCGCGACAUGCCAAGUGGAACAGCCCUGGUCGUCUUACCCCUUCCAGCUCUCUGCCAUCCUUAAUUAUGCCCCCCCGAGUCACUGGCUCCGCUGCCUCCCAGGCGGGCAGCUCGCGGUCCCACUCCGGAGGAGGGGCGAGCGAGCCGGGCGCGCCCGCACAGGCCCUGCUGGCAGCGCCCGCCGUCCCCUCUCCCGGCAGGACGCCGGCCUCGCCCGCGGCUCCUUCCCUCGCCACGGCCAGUAAGGCGGAGGAGAGCCUGCGGGCCCAGGUGCAGGAUCUGCAGGAGAAACUGGAGACCCUGCGGAUGAAGCGGGAGGAGGACAAGGCUCAGCUGAAGGAUCUGGAGAAACAGCGCCUCCUGCUGGAGCAGCUGCAGGAGUGGAAGAGCAAGAUGCAGGAGCAGCAGGCGGACCUGCAGAGACAGCUGAAGGAGGCCAAGAAGGAGACCAAGGAGGCCCUGGAGGGCAAGGCACGGUACAUGGAGGAGAUGUCGGACACAGUGGAUGCUGUGGAGAUGGCCACGCUGGACAAGGAGAUGGCGGAGGAGAGAGCGGAGUCGCUGCAGCACGAGGUGGAUUCGCUCAAGGAGAGGGUGGAGGAGCUGACCUUGGACUUGGAGAUCCUCAAGCACGAAAUCGAGGAGAAAGGGUCAGAUGGUGCGGCGUCCAGCUACCACGUCCGACAUGUGGAAGAGCAGAACUGCAGGCUCAAAGAGGCCCUAGUCAGGAUGAGGGACCUCUCGGCGUCCGAGAAGCAGGAGCACGCCAAGCUGCGGAAGGCCAUGGAGAAGCAGAGCUCCGAGCUGGAGACGCUGCGCCUGCAGAAGGAGAGGCUGGAGGAGGAGGGCAAGGAGGCGGAGACGACCAUCGACGAGCUCAAGGAACAGGUGGACGCAGCUCUGGGGGCCGAUGAGAUGGUGGAGACUCUGACGGAGAGGAACCUGGACCUGGAAGAGAAACUGCGUGAGCUGAGGGAGACGGCCAAGGACCUGGAAGCCAUCAACGAGAUGAACGACGAGCUGCAGGAGAACGCCCGGGAGACAGAGCUGGAGCUGCGGGAGCAGCUGGACCUGGGUCGGGCCCGGGUUCGAGAGGCCGAGAGGAAGGUCGAGGCGGCGCAGGAGACGGUGGCUGACUGCCAGCAGACCAUCGACAAGUACCGCGAGCUGACCGCUCACCUGCAGGAAGUGAACAGAGACCUGAGCAGCCAGCAGGACGCCACGGCGGAGCGGAGAGAGCAGCCCGCGGCCGAGCUCUUCCAGUUUAAGAUCAAGUUCGCCGAGACCAAGGCCUACGCCAAGGCCAUUGCGAUGGAGCUGAGGCAGAUGGAGGUGUCCCAGUCCAGCAGGCACGUGGCUCUUCUCUCCUCCUUCAUGCCCGACUCCUUUCUGUGGCACGGUGGAGACCACGACUGCAUCCUACUGCUGCUGCUCGUCCCACGGCUCAUCUUCAAGGUGGAGCUGAUCAGCAGACAGACGCAGGAGAAGUUUGAGCUGCGCGAGGGCUGCUGGGAGCAAGCUGGCCUGCAGGGGGCGGUAGGGGAGCGGCUCAGCUUCGCCUCGAACCUCGUCUACUCCCUCAGCACGCUGCAGGCCACGCUGCACAAAUACAGGCAAGCUCUGAGCCAGUGCAGCGUGGAGGUGUUUAAAAAGCUCGGCACACUGUACGCGGAGGUGAGCGCGCACGAACGCUCCCUGGACUUCCUGAUCGACCUGCUGUGCAAGGACCAGCUGGAUGAGACCGCGAACACGGAGCCGCUCGCUAAGGCCAUUAAGUACUACCAGCACCUGUACAGCAUCCACCUGGCAGAGCAGCCAGAGGACUGCGCUCUCCAACUGGCAGACCACAUACGGUUUACCCAGAGUGCCGUGGACUGCAUAAGGGUGGAGGCGGGCCGUGUGGAGGCGUUCCUACAGGAAGAAACGGACCUCGCCCUCCUCCUUAAGGAGGUGGGCACUUCCUGCUCCGACAUCCGACAGUUUUGCAAGAAGAUCCGUCACAGGUUGCCUGGAACUGACACACCUGGCGUCCCAGCAGCCCUGCAGUUUGGCCCGCCGGUGUCGGAGUCUCUGGAGGAGAGCAGGAGGCACCUGAGCAGGGUGGUGGAGCUGCUGAAGCAGGUGGCGACUGCUGGCUCUCAGAUGGUCGCGCCUCUCGCCGAGCAGGGGGGUCUCUCCGCCCAGAAACUGGAGGACCUGGCCUUCAAAGCAGCUCAGCAGGUCUACAGUUCUGCAGACGUCAGCCCCCUGGAGUGUCUGCGGCAGUCCUGCCGCACGGUCACCGCCACCAUGAGCAAGAUGGCCGCCGCAAUGCAGGAGGGCGAGUACGACGCAGAGAGAACCAUGAGCGCGAACCCCCCUCCCGUGGAGCUGAGGGCGGCGGCCGUGCGGGCAGAGAUCACGGAUGCGGCGGGCCUGGGGCUGAAGCUGGAGGACCGGGAGACGGACAUCAGAGAGCUGAAGAAGUCCCUCAAGAUGAAGGUCAUGGCUUUAGGAGAGGCGAAUGUUCGCCUCAGCCUGCUGGAGAAGAAACUAGACACUGCGUCCAAGGACGCUGACGAGCGGGUGGAGAGGAUCCAGACCAAACUAGACGAGUCGCAGAGCCUUCUCAAGAAAAAGGAGAAGGAGCUGGAGGAAACCAUGGACGCCCUGCAGGCUGACAUUGACCAGCUGGAGUCCGAGAAGGAAGAACUGAAGCAGCGUCUCAGCAACCAGACCAAGUUGACCAUUGAGGGUCUGCGAGCAACACCACCGACCAGCUUUGCGUCUGUCUCCAUGACCGCAGCUGGAGGUGGCGAUGCUGAGCCCAACACGGGUGGUGGCUCUGGGCCCCCACAGGUCAUCGACUCUCCUCUCCUGUUGCAGCAGAUCAGUACCCAGCGUCUUGCCCUCAAACAGCUGAAGAAUGAGAUCUACCGUCUAAAGGCUGAGAAGAUGAAUGCCCAGUUGGCAUCCCUGCCCCCGCUGCACGUGACCAAGCUGCCUGUCGUGGGCGGCCCCAGGUCGGAGGUGCCCUCCAGCGCCCUCUACCACAAAACCAACCAAAUGCUGAAAACCCUGCUGGGGAUGAGUGCCAAGAUGAAGGUGGUGGACAUCACCCAGAGAUCACCAGUGAGCCCUAAAACGCAACUCCUGAAGCAAACUGCCUACCUGCAUUCCCUUAGCGUCAUGCUGGACAGACUAAAGGAUAAAGUGGCAGAGCACGUCCUGACCCAGCGCCCUGGAGCACGCACCUCCUCGGAGUUUGGCAUGUUCCCCUCCCCCUCUUUUAUUAAGGCCAGAGAGGAGCACAAAGAGGAGGCGGUGCUGGUGGGGAAGGUCUUGAUCCCCUGCGCCCCCGGGCAGGAGCACGUCCACCGCCUGGUCUUAUCGCGGGAGAACCUCCACAGGGUGCACCGCCUUAUGAUGCCCUAAGUCCUGUCUCUCCCUCCUAAAAGCACAAUCACAGCAAUAGCUUCCUACGCCUCCAUCUUUACCUGAAUCCCACAUACCAACGAGGAAGUCUUCAGGAUGCAGCUCUCGCUUCAUUUGGCUGAAGACGACGAGAACGGUUAUCGCCCCGGUAUCUCGGACACAUUGCCAGGGGAAGCCGGUUUAUGAAAAUUUCCCACAUGAAGGCAGGCCUAAAACAUCUGUGUUGGUUUGUAACAUAACUGAACUGUUGGUGAUUUAAAUGGUGUUCACAAGGUUCGGACAGUCCAAAGGGUGGCUUUGAAUGGUGUGGAAAAAAUAAUGAAAUACAAUCAAUUAAAAUGUAUACAAAUGA